AAUUCAUAUCGUGUUUUAAUAACAAACUACUAAAACUGAUCGCAAAUAUGUGUAACAUAUAUUUGGCCACUAUUUUGGUGACAUUGGUAUACAUCGGGGACUCCAGUGCCGCACCAAAUGUCAAACUCAGUCUGUAUUACGAGAGUCUGUGUCCGCACACCAAGGCCUUCGUUACCACCCAAUUGGUGCCCACGGUUCAGAAGUUGGAGUCCAUACUGACGGUCGACCUACUGGUGCCGUACGGGCAUGCCAACUAUACCAAAGUGACCAAACCUGACGGCACUUUUGACCUGGAGUUCACGUGCCAGCACGGGGUACAGGAGUGCAUCGGCAAUGAAAUACAUUGCGCAACUAAACAGGGUCUCGAUUGGGCGGCCAUUGAUGAGUGCGCAACGGGACCGUUGGGUCGGGGACUACACCUUCAGGCCGGAGAGGUGUACAAUAAGGUCACUCCCAAGGGUUUCACUGUACCACACAUUGUGAUUGAUGGGAAAUGGACGGCAGAGAUCAAUGAUAAAGCUGAAAAGGACCUGGUGGCACUCGUAUGCGACACCUAUACUGGCACAAAACCAGACGCGUGUAAAAAAUAAGCAAAAUUAUAUAUUUUUGUCAAAUAUUAAAUGUUUGCAUUAAAUUAUUAAAUACUUUAUUUAAUUGUGAAA